GAACGCCAACCGGGCCAAACCUAGUAAGCAACACGAAUGUGCGAGAGAAAAUCACUGCUGGAGUUGUGUGUAUGUGCUCAUCUGCUUCUGCUGGGCCUUUCUGUCCCCUCUUCCAGCUCACACCAGAACACACUGUGACCCAACCCGACCCAGAAGAGCCAUGAGAUCGACGGAGAAGUUUUGGAGUUGCUGUCAGCUUCUGGUGAGGUCAAGACCUGGAGGGCUGUAGAGGCGUCAGAGAGAGAGAGAGAGACACCCGGCGGAUCAACAGGACUGUGGAGCGCUCGCUGUCUGCAGGCUGUAAAACAAUGGAGAACUGUCUCUGUGUUUCCACGGAUCCUUCAUUAUGAGCCCACUCUGAGCGCUUCAGUGGAGCCGACAUGGUCUAAGCGCACUUUGCCGCUGUGGUUUGCGCUCAUCCGACGGGACUACAUCCAAUGAGAGCUCUGGCGGUAGAGGAACACAUCGGUGUCAACUGCGAAUAGAGAUACAGAUAUUUCCCAGAGCGUUGAUAAACACGCCGAGUGGCACCAUGUGGAGCCCGGGGACGCGGAUGUGGCGAGCGGCGCUGUGCUGCAUGCUUCUGCACACAUAUCUGCACACUGCUGGAGGUCUCAACAUGUGUAUGAGUGGCAGCGCUACGUCAUGUGAAGAAUGCCUCCUCAUCCACCCCAGUUGCGCCUGGUGCGCACAAGAGGAUUUUGGUAGAGGGCGGACGCUGACGUCACGGUGCGAUUUUAUUCAAAACUUGCAGAAGAGGGGCUGCGAUUCCCGGUUCAUUGAGGACCCCCACAGCAGCAUUUCUGUCCUAACGAACAUGCCCCUGAGUUCUACAGGGUCUGGGUCAACCCAGUACGAUGUUGUCCAGAUCUCGCCUCAAAAGAUCUCUCUCAGCCUGCGGCCAGGAGAACAGACGUGGUUUGGGGUGCAGGUGCGGCAGGUGGAGGACUACCCAGUGGAUCUCUACUACCUGAUGGACCUCUCUCUUUCCAUGAAAGACGAUCUGGACACCAUCCGGAACCUGGGCACCAAGCUGGCCCUGGAGAUGGGCAAGCUCACCAGCAACUUCAGGCUGGGCUUUGGUUCCUUUGUGGACAAAAACAUGUCCCCCUUCUCUUACACAGCACCCAAGUACCAGGAGAAUCCGUGCAAUGGAUACAAGCUGUUCCCCAACUGCGUCCCCACCUUCGGUUUCCGCCACAUCCUCUCACUGACGGAUAAAGUGGACCGCUUUAACGAGGAGGUCCAGAAGCAGAUGGUAUCUCGCAACCGGGACGCACCGGAGGGCGGAUUCGACGCCAUCCUGCAGGCUGCUGUUUGUAAGGAGGAGAUAGGUUGGAGAAAGGAGGCCUACCACCUGCUGGUGUUCGCCACAGACGAUGUACCUCACCUUGCUCUGGACGGCAGGCUGGGAGGCCUUGUCCAACCCCACGAUGGACGGUGUCACCUCAACGACAAGAAUGAGUACAGCGCCUCCACAAAGAUGGACUAUCCCUCACUGGCUCUUCUCGGGGAGAAACUGGCGGAAAAUAACAUCUUUCUCAUCUUUGCAGUGACGAAACGGCUGUACGUUAUUUAUAAGAAUUUUACUGCACUCAUACCUGGAACUACAGUAGAAAUCCUGGACCAGGACUCUAAGAAUGUCAUUCAGCUGAUCAUCGCAGCUUACAAUAACAUCCGUUCUAAAGUGGAGCUGUCGGUGUGGGAUCACCCAGAGGACAUCAGCCUUUCCUUCACCGCCACCUGCCAGGAUGGAAAGCCGCUGCCGGGCCUCAGGAAGUGUGCCGACUUAAAGAUAGGAGACACAGUGUCGUUCAACGUGAGCAUGGAGGCGAGGGGCUGCCCUCCCCGUGGCACUGACCAGAGAUUCACCAUCAAGCCGGUGGGGUUCAAAGACCGCCUGGAGGUGCUUGUGGAUUACCAGUGUGACUGCGGCUGUAGCCGGACGGCGCAGACCAACAGCAGCAUCUGCAGCUCCAUAGGCACUUAUAACUGUGGGACCUGUCACUGCGAGCCAGGCUACCUAGGCGCCCGCUGCGAGUGCCAGGAGGGCGAGGCCAGCAGCAUGUACCUGAGUGCCUGUCGGGAGGCCGAGGGCAAGCAGAUCUGCAGCGGGCGAGGAGAGUGCAGCUGCAACCAGUGUCUGUGCUACGAGUCUGAGUUUGGCAAGAUCUACGGUAGCUUCUGCGAGUGUGACGACUUCUCCUGCGCCCGACACAAAGGCAUCCUCUGCUCAGGUCAUGGAGAGUGUCACUGCGGGGAGUGUAAAUGCCAUGCCGGUUACAUCGGCGACAACUGCAAUUGUUCCACCGAGACGUCGUCGUGCAUUUCGGACGACGGGAAGAUGUGCAGCGGGCGGGGCAACUGUGUGUGUGGCCGCUGUCAGUGCACUGAGCCAGGGGCCUUCGGGGAUACCUGUGAAAAGUGCCCCACCUGCCCUGAUGCCUGUGGCACUAAAAGGGAGUGCAUCGAGUGCCGGCUCUUCAACUCAGGACGCCUCGCAGACAACCAGACCUGCCAGCGCCUGUGCAAGGAUGAAAUCAUCACUGUGGAGACCCUCAAAACGGAGGACCCCAGCGCUGUGCUUUGUCUCUACAAGACAGACAAUGACUGUGUCAUGAAGUUCACGUAUUCUGAGCACGCCAGCGGACAAUCCAUCCUCACAGCUCUAAAAGAGCCAGAGUGUGGUGGUGGGCCAGACGCUCUGAUGGUGCUGCUGGCAGUGGUGGGAAGCAUCCUGCUGGUUGGAGUGGUGCUGCUCGCCGUCUGGAAGUUGGUCAUCACCAUUCACGACCGGCGAGAGUUCUCACGCUUCCAGAACGCACGAUCACGAGCCCGAUACGAGAUGGCCUCCAACCCUCUCUACAAGCAGCCCGUCUCUACACAUUUUGUUGAAACAGAUUUCAGCAUGUACGAGAAGUCCUACAACGGGGGGGUCCACUGAUCCCUCAGCACAGGGCUCGGCAGGACCGGUCCGACAAACAGAUCCCUGGAGGACAGGCGGGGAGAGGGUGCCGAGGUAGACAGCGGACUGAACACAAGCUCAUCCCUCUGCACGCUUCACAACUGAUAAACAGAAGUGAAAUUACCUAGACUGUGUCCGAG